UCAUCAAGCACGUGUUCCAACGUUUGAUUACGCAAUUUGACGAGCAACUUCCUUGCACGUUGAUUGGAUCAAUUGUCAAAGUGGGCGUGGUAAAUGAGAACCAGGAAGUCGCGUUCUGCAAAAUGAAAAGUUAACGUUUCUUGAGAACAGUUAAUGCAAUGGAAUUGAGUUAACAAACAUAUAAACGGUCAAUAUGACAUAAUGGGACAAACAAUGCGUUUCUUUGUACCGAAUAGUACAUGCAACUUGUUGUGUCAUGAUAGCAGUAGCUCAUAAUUCAAUGAUAGGGCCUUCAGGUGGAACUUACUCAUAGUUAGACAUAUAUAGCCUUGGAUAGGUCCUGUAAUGUGUCAGUUCCAAGUACGGUAUAUAAGGGCAAUGAUGAACUAUGUAGAUAGUAUUAUAUAUUCUAACUGUCUAGGCUCGUGUCAAAAUCUAUCAAAACCUGGUAUUAGACUGUACUUUUAUUUGUUGGUUCUUUGGGCAAUGCACGCAAAUAUAAUUUCCCUUUCAAGUGAUGUAAAGUUAGUCCCAGAAAAGCACCAUUUUGGGCUCCCAGGUCCUAUUCCUGUCGGGCUAUUGUGUGGAUGGAUGGAAAGCUGUAGCCUGUAGGGGGAGAAGAAGGAGGCGGAGGAGGUGAGGGCAACGCGAGCAGAUAAGAGAACUGGCUUACUGGAUGUCUUCUGCCUGUAGCUCGCAUUUAAUCCGAUAGAAGACGUCCUCGUCAGUUUCUGUUUUUACAGUUCGAUAAAAAACAACAACAACGACAUCGCCACCGAGGAGCUGCCGCCAGGACGGUAGCAUGAUAGUCGUGCGGGGGACUCGGAAGGAACAGGGCCCGUAUCUGCAUUUCGCUUCGCCUACACCGAAUUCAUCGAGUCGGUAACCGGCCUGCCGACAUGGGGAAGGAGGUAAAUGGAGUCUCGCGGAGCCGCUUCGAGAUGUUCACAAAUAGUGACGAGGCGGUCAUCAAUAAGAAGCUGCCCAAGGAGCUGUUGCUACGAAUCUUCUCCUUUCUGGAUGUGGUGACACUCUGUCGCUGUGCCCAAGUCUCACGGUCCUGGAAUGUUCUGGCCUUAGAUGGCAGCAACUGGCAACGAAUCGACCUCUUUGACUUCCAGAGGGACAUUGAGGGCCGGGUGGUGGAGAACAUCUCAAAGCGAUGUGGGGGGUUCCUUAGGAAGCUGAGCCUGCGGGGUUGCUUGGGGGUGGGUGACAGCGCCCUGAGGACUUUCUCUCAGAACUGCAGGAACAUUGAGCUGCUUAGUCUAAAUGGCUGCACCAAGAUCACUGACAGCACAUGUAAUAGCCUCAGUAAGUUCUGUCCCAAGCUGAAGCACCUGGACCUCGCCUCCUGUACCUCAAUCACCAACCUGUCACUCAAAGCUCUCAGUGAGGGCUGUCCCCUGCUGGAGCAGCUCAACAUCUCCUGGUGUGAUCAGGUCACCAAGGAUGGCAUCCAGGCCCUGGUGCGUUGCUGUCCAGGACUCAAGGGCCUUUUCCUGAAGGGAUGCACACAGCUGGAGGACGAGGCUCUGAAACAUAUUGGGGCUCACUGUCCGGAGCUGGUCACGCUCAAUUUGCAGACCUGCUCACAGAUCACAGACGAAGGCCUCAUUACAAUUUGCCGGGGUUGUCACCGCCUGCAGUCUCUUUGUGUGUCGGGCUGCGCCAACAUCACAGACGCCAUCCUGCACGCCCUGGGACAGAACUGCCCUCGCCUCAGAAUAUUGGAAGUGGCUCGCUGCUCUCAGCUCACAGAUGUGGGCUUUACUACAUUAGCAAGGAAUUGUCAUGAGCUUGAAAAGAUGGAUUUAGAAGAAUGUGUGCAGAUCACAGAUGGAACACUUAUCCAGCUGUCCAUCCACUGCCCUCGUUUGCAAGUCCUGAGUCUAUCCCACUGCGAGCUGAUCACUGACGACGGCAUCAGACACCUCGGCAGUGGCCCCUGUGCUCACGACCGCCUGGAGGUGAUCGAGCUGGACAACUGCCCCCUGAUCACAGACGCCUCGCUGGAGCACCUGAAGAGCUGCCACAGCCUGGAUCGCAUCGAGCUCUAUGACUGCCAGCAGAUCACCCGCGCUGGCAUCAAGAGACUACGGACCCACCUGCCGAACAUCAAAGUGCACGCGUACUUUGCCCCCGUCACUCCGCCGCCCUCCGUCGGGGGCAGUCGUCAGAGGUUUUGCCGCUGCUGUGUCCUGCUAUGAUGUAAAGACAACAACCCCCCCCACCCCCCCAUCGUGUCCCUCGUACAUGCGCCCCGGACCCGCUGCCCCCGUCCUGGCGCCCUGUCACAGAGAAUAUGCUGGUGUGUCCUCCCUAUUUGGAGCUGCAGAGAGAAAGAGAGGGGGGGGGUAGAGGAGAACCAAAACAGCCCACAUGGUCUCGGGUAACUUUUUUCCCCCCCAAAACAUUCCCUGAAUCUCUCCACCACACGCAUACACACACACACACACACACACACACACACACACACACACACACACACCAGGCUUUCUGAUAUUCAGACACACUUGCAUACACCGAUUAACUGAAUGUCAGAGCAUACCUGGUCUGUGUUUAGUGGCCGAACCAGUAUUACAAAAAGGGUUGUGUAAACCUCGAAUGUGGUCACCUCUGUGAAGGGAUUGAACUCUUCAUCAUCAAAUGAAGUACAAGUUUGUCCUUUUUCUCAUCAAAAACCAUCGUUUCGUAUUUUCGGAGAGAAGCACACGCUUCCACGCAGCACUUUGAGACCGGCAACGGUUCUACUUUGUUAACAAAAUAUUGAAAGAUCCCUGCGCCGCUCACGCCUCGCUUGGUGUUGAAGGUCACUCAAUGGCCACCUCCCUCAAGGGAAGGGCGUGUGAGUAAGAAACCGGUUAGCUUUUUCCUCCAGGCUAUUUUGGAAAAAUGGGCAGUAAUGCGUCCAGCAAACUCCCGGCAUCUCCAACAAACACAUAGACAGCCCCAAAAAGCCUGUUUUGUGAAAAACACACUUGCAGCUAUUUGCACCUAUUGCAGUUAAGCAAUGAUAAGACACUUUACCCAACAGCCAUCUCUGAAUUUAAGACUCUCAUUUCACUAACCACACACACUGAGCUUGCCACACCUAACCUCUCACCUCUCUCUGUUGCAAUCCGAAGCUUCAACAUGCUGAAGAAUGGGGAGGGGGGAGGGGGGGGGAAUAUAAAAAAAUCUUCAAUAUUUUUCUAAAAAUGGACACCAAUUAAGAAUCACAUGUGGGAACUCAAGAAGAUGCCAAAUGUUGCAUGUAACACCUCUAGUUUUUUAAAAUCAAAUUGUAAAUAUUGUCCGUGAGCAGAAGCCAGCGAUGCGACAGGCGAGGACGUGAGACGGGGCAGAGGUGCCUGUCGACGGGUCUUCCCUGAGGGAACUAUGGUGGCACGGCUCACACCACGCUCCACGUGCUGGAGUUAUGCGCCGCAGCCUUCGGACGGACCAUUGAGCCAGCACCUAACGUGGAGUUUGACAGGAGAACUGAUGCUGGCCUCCGUGCCGACACGCCGGGGGGGGGGGGGGAAGUAAUAAAGACGCUCUUUCGACAGCGCGGAAGAAUAUGAAAGUCUGACCGUAAACAAUGGAAAGAAAAAGCCAACUGAAACAAAGUACGUCUAUUUCAUUUCGUCGCUCUUGUUUUUCACCCGGCGACUGUUCUGAUGACGAGGAACUGGUGCAGCGGUGAGAGGACGCGCCCGGUUCUGGCGUCGGCAACUUCUUCAAAUCCUACGAGGCCUUGCGGGGAGGGUGGAGAAGAAGCACCCUGGGAUCUCCUCCGUCCGUCCGUCGGAGCGCUGGGACCGCGGCGAAGGUGGAGACGACCGGAUCCGACCGCCGGAGGCUCUAAAAAGAGGUUGUUUCCGAACUAUGGCCCGCUGUAAGGAUUUUUGUCACAACAGAGGGCUAUAAUGGAUCCCCCCUCCCCAGCCCAAUGACGUAUUGAAGCCUUUUUCUAUCUACUCUCCUCUCCUGCACUUGCACCUGCUUUAUUCCGCGUCUCUUCUUUUUCGUCCGGUUUUCCUUUUACACGUGUUGUCUUUCGCUGCUUUUCUUUCUGAUUUCUCUACCGUUUCUCUUCUUUUUGCAGUUUGGUUUUGGUGUGGUUUGGAUUGCGCCUGCUCUGUGUUUUGUCAAGUCACGAGUUCAUUGUCGCCAAGAUGAGUUUGAUUCUUCUUCUUCCAGUCCUUAGUUUUGAUCUGAUGGUGUUUGUGUUUUCAUUGAGAGUUUUUUGUUACUUAAUGUCCAGAGUGUAGCCUUUGUCCAGGGGAAGUGUUGGCAACAGUGCAAUUUAAAUAAAUGUUGAAAUUUGA